UGUUGGAUGUUAUCCUGUUACCCCAUUAUUCUCUUCUUUGAAUUUUAGCGGCUUGCUCAUUUGUAUGACACUCUUCAUCGUGCAUACAGUAAAGUAACAGAAGUUAUGCAUACAGGCAAGAGACUGCUAGGAACUUACUUCAGGGUAGCAUUCUUUGGACAGGGAUUCUUUGAGGAUGAAGAUGGAAAGGAGUAUAUUUAUAAGGAGCCUAAACUCACGCCUCUUUCAGAGAUUUCUCAAAGACUCCAGAAACUCUACUCUGACAAAUUUGGAUCUGAAAAUGUCAAAAUGAUUCAGGAUUCUGGCAAAGGGAUUGGGACCCCGUUGGGCAAUGAUUUUAGGAAGCCUCAUCUACUGCUACUGGACAUCAGUUGCCACUUUUACAAAAUUAAAAACUUGGCACUCCAAACUGAACAUGAAGCCUACGACCUGUCCCCCAGCUUACGCUUUGGGAUCAGUGUAGGGUGUCACAGCAGGACAGCCAGUUGGUAGAAGUGCCUUCUGGAGGUAAGAUCUGCACUGUCUAAAAGGUACAUUUUUAUUUUCAGCUGCUCACUUUUUAUGUAUUGCUAGUUUUGCUCUCCAGUAUCUUCUUGUAUCGGCCAUCAUGGAGGACAGUAUUUGUUUUUGUUUCCACUCUUUUUUUUUCUUCUCUGACUUCUCCUGAAAUGCAGUAUUUACUGCUAAGCAGGAAUAAAACUAUUUUUAUUGUAGUUUUGCAUAUGGCAAAUAAUCAUAGUGUUAAAAAAAAAAGACAUGUGAUGACCAUACCAAGCUUCAUAACAAUUAGAAACUGGAGUCAGAGAAGCCCAUGAGAGCAUAAAUGUUUUCUAUGUUUGCAGCAAGCCAAAUAUGGUAUCUGAAACUUGUGUAACUGCAAUUAAAUCCACUGUAUUCAGAAUUUAACUG